GUUUGCCGCAUGGCGACAUCGCUUCCAGUCGCAAAUAACUUCCUAGCUUACCCAAGUACUAGUUAGAUAUCCUAUUUUAUUCGAUGCCCUGGACAUUUUCCACAGGAAAAUGUUUAAUAUGAAUGUUAUCUUAUUUCCUCCGUGAUGUUCUCAUCUCCUAUCUUUGUAUAAUCCACCAUAUCUAAAUACUUGAAUACUUAAGUGAGACUGAGAAGCGAAGAGAAGGUUUCAUGUGUUGUAUGCCUCAAAAAGGCAUUGACCAACCAUGACCACUCACGUAUCAAUGCUGACGGCAACGGACGCCCGGUCUCAUAUUCACUUAAUCGUCGGCUCGAACCCUCUCGCGGCAGCGCGGUGCGGACAAUCGCUAAGCGCUGGGGCAUCGCCUAUCUUGCUUGUGCCAGAAACGGCUGAGCUACACUAUGCGCUACAGAAGCGCAUAGACGACGGUGAAGUAAAAUGGAUAAAAGAAGCCUUCAGGGACGAGCAUCUCUUUACUCUCGGACGAGAGGAGAUAGACCAUGUAGUCGAUGCCGUAUUCGUAACUUCAGGGCCUAGGGAACCAUUGAGCGCUCACAUAUCAACUGUUUGCAAGCGCAACCGCAUCCCCGUAAACGUCGUCGACGCGCCACAACUCUGCACCUUCUCCCUCUUAUCCACGCACGUGGACGGCCCACUGCAAAUCGGCAUAACGACGAACGGGCGCGGGUGCAAGCUAGCAUCCCGGAUACGCCGCGAGGUCGCGGCGUCGCUACCGCCGAACCUGGGCUCCGCCUUCCUGCGCCUCGGCGACGUGCGGCGCAGGAUACAGGAGGAAGACCACCUGCUGCACAUGGCGCUCGCCGACGGCGACGACGUCGACGACUCGGUGGACCAGCUCGCCAGCUUCAACAAGCUCGUCACGGAAGCCGACAUCGACGCCGCGAAGAACAGGCGCAUGCGCUGGCUCGGCCAGAUCUGCGAGUACUGGCCGCUGAAGCGGCUCGCCGCCAUAACCGACGCCGACGUGUCCAACAUCCUGCAAUCGUACUCGGACCUCUCCUCAUCCCCUUCCCCCCCCUCCUCCCUAAACAGCGCAACCAACAACAACAGCAACAAUACGCCAAGCCCGCCGCCAAAACGCGGUCGUAUCAUCCUAGCCGGCUCCGGCCCCGGACACCCGGACCUGCUGACGCGCGCGACGCACAAGGCGAUCCGGGCCGCGGACCUCGUGCUCGCGGACAAGCUGGUGCCGGCGGGGGUGCUGGACCUGGUGCCGCGCCGCACGCCCGUGCGCAUCGCGCGCAAGUUCCCCGGCAACGCGGACGCGGCGCAGGCCGAGCUGCACGAGAUGGCGGUCCAGGCCGCGCGCGAGGGGAAGACGGUGCUUAGACUUAAGCAGGGCGAUCCGUACGUGUAUGGGAGGGGGGGUGAGGAGGUGGAGUUUUUUAGGGGGCACGGGUUUGGGUUGGCUGGGGAUAGAAAUUUGGGUGCAGAGGGGGGUGGGGAGGGGAGCGUGGUGGUGUUGCCCGGCGUGACGAGUGCGCUGAGCGCGCCCCUUUUCGCGGGCAUCCCGAGUACCCAGCGUGAUGUCGCGGAUCAGGUGCUGAUCUGCACGGGCACCGGGAAGAAGGGGAAGGCGCCGGUGCCGCCGGAGUACGUGCGCUCGCGAACGGUGGUCUUUCUGAUGGCGCUGCACCGCGUUGGCGGGUUGGUGGCGGAGUUGACGGGGUAUAUGGACUCGGAAAUUCGGGAUGAGACGGGCGAGAACAGGGAAAAGGAGGUAGGGGAAGCGAAGAAGCGCGUUUUAUGGCCGAGAAACACGCCCUGCGCUGUUAUUGAGAGAGCCAGCUGUCCCGAUCAGCGCGUUAUUAGGACGACGCUGGAUAGAGUUGUCGAAGCGGUCGAGCAGGAGGGGAGUAGGCCUCCCGGAUUGCUGGUCGUCGGCGCGGCGUGCGAGUUCUUGAAUAAGCUUGACAAGGGCCAGGCUUGGCGCGUCGAGGAGGGGUUUAGGGGGCUAGAUUUUGUGGGUGAUGGGUUAGAUUUGGGCGAGUAGGGUGGCUGUGGGAAGAGGUGUGACGAUUUAAGGUAGGUAUGAAAAGAUGUUGUGGCGGAAGAGGAGAAGAUAUAAGGGGGGGGAAGGGAGUAUGUGUGAAUGGCUGCAUUGGCGUUUAGCAUUCGAGCGGCGUCUGAUAUAUAUGUCCUGAAUAAGGUAUGAUUCAUUUUAUCAGUUUCAAUAUCCUGAAAGAAGCUUUUUUGAUUCUCAAUCUAUUAUUACGUUUAACCAAUCUAAGCAGGAAUCAUUUCGGGGCGAUAAAAUAGGAGUUUGCAUCC